UCUCUCUCUCUCUCUCUCUCUCUCUCUCUCUCUCUCCUCCCAAAUGUUCUUUGCCAGUGAGACUUUGUUUCAUCCGCCGACGUCAUUCAUAUGGUCUGGACGCUGAGGCGCGAGGCUGCCCUCUCCUCGUAGCUAAUUGUGUUUCCUACCGACGGACAACUUGUUUGUCUGUUAGCGCAGUGGCUGCCUGGCUGCCCAUGGGCGCUGAGCACACACUCUGCUGCUCUGCCGGCUGGGCUGUCCGAUGCCCCUCUGCGCUCGGUUCGGGACGGUAUCGGGCUCCGGUUUUAUGAAUGAAUAACAAGACGGGAAAAUGCGAGUGACUGCGAAACUCCCCAGCAGCCGCGCUCCCGGGGGGCCAGCCACCGAUGAGAGGGAUUAACGACGGAGCGGAGCCGUGGCUCAUUGCGGAAAAGCCGACUGCAGACUGGCGUGGAAACGCACCGUGAGGGAAACGGGCUCCAUAGCGUAGAACAGCGGAACAAAACCGCGGUGACCACAAUGUCCAUCCACAUCGUGGCUCUGGGCAGCGAGUGCCCUGGAGGAAUUGGCCUCGGGGAGGAGAUCAUGGGCCAGGGCCAGCUGCAGGGAGGCCUGCUGUGGAGCUACCUUGGCCAUGGGGCACUGGUGGGACCCUGUGACCUGGAGAGCAGCAUUCACAACCCGGCCUUCAUGGAGUACACCUCACGUGUGUUUGGAGAUGUCACUGUAGUGGUUCGGGAUUGCCCCAGCUGGGACUUGUUGGACAGCGAUUGGGCCAGCGUACGGAAAGUUCUUGAGCAGGCGGACAUCCUGGUCAUUAAAUAUUCAGUCACUGACAAGCUGGCCUUCCAGCAGGUCAGGAACAGCUACGCCCCGAGACUCCGCCCGCUCCUGAGGCACUGGGGUGUGCCUGUCAUCCUGGUUGCUGUUGGAGCGCGGCUGAAUGAUGAAGGCCCUCCAUGUACGUGCCCGCUGUGUGCGUCUGACUGGAGCAGCUGUGUGCCUCACAGUGAAGGUCUGCAGCUGUCCCGGGACCUGGGGGCCACUUACCUGGAGUUGCCCUCUCUCAACCACGUCUUUGUGGGUCGCUACUUUGGCAGCGUGCUGGAGUACUUCAUGAUUCAGUGUCUGAAACACAAAGCCAAAGAAAGGCCAGAGAAGAGGAGAGGAAAUAAAGUGAACGAGCUUUGUCCCCCUCACUUAGAACAACCAGCACGUCUUCCCCCCAUCCGAGUAGAAGAGUCCAGCUUCUCCCAGGACAUGCAGUGGUUGUUGGAGCGUGGCAUGCAGUUCGCCGAUGUGGCUUUCUACGCCGGGGACUCUGGGAAAGAACUGGGGUGGGCGCAUGCGGCUGUGCUGUGUGCUGUCAGUCCGUACUUCAGACAGCUGCUCCUGGGGCACAAGACCAGGGAACGCCCCCAGUCGCGGUGUGUUUGUAGAGAGCGGGAAGGAGGUCCCCAAUCGCUGCUCUCCACCUGGGAUGGUGGGAUUAUUGAUGACAUGCCCCGAUCAGAGGGGCACCUGACAGGACGUCUCUCUCGUCUGGUGGUGAAGGACCCCCUUCUGUGUAUGUGCUUGUGGGAGACACUCAUGUUCAUUUAUAGAGGAGCGUGGGAGUGGGAUCACCUCCAGGAGGCCCUGGAAGAGAAGCUGAAGAAUUCGCUAGCAGUGGCUCAGCUUAUGGAGCGCAUACGAUCCCUCAUCGGCAGAGACAGGGGCCCCAGGGACACCCCGAGUGCCCGGGCAGCUCAGCUCGGCCCCCAGACUCUUGUCAACCUCUUCAAUUCUCCUCUUUACUCUGAUGUCAUCUUCAUGGUGCAAGGGAGUGUGUUGCCAGCCCACCGAGCAGUGCUGGUGGCGCGAUGUGAUGUCAUGGCGGCCAUGUUCAGUGGGAAGUAUGCAGAGGCCCGGAGCCGAGUGGUGCCUAUUCACGGUGUCUCCUCAGAUACCUUCCUGUCUUUCCUGGAGUACCUCUACACUGACUCCUGCUGUCCUGCCAGUGUGCUGCAGGCCAUGGCCGUGCUGGUCUGUGCUGAGAUGUACCAGGUGAAACGUCUGCAGCAUCUGUGUGAAGUGUGCGUGUGCGCUUACCUUCAGAGCAUGCCCAGUAGAGAGCUGUCGUCAACGGGUAUCAGCGUGAUUCGACUACUCCGCCGAGCAAAGUGCCACAAUGCAGAGCAGUUGUAUGUCUGGCUCCUCCACUUUAUCUCCAACAACUACCUGAUCUUCAGUCACAAACCUGACUUCCUGGAGCUCUCAGAGGAGGAGCGUGAGCAGGUAGAGAGGCUACGCUGGCCGUCCAGAGGCUACCUGCAGGAGCUCAGCGAGUACCAGCACCGGCGACGCAAGCUACGCAAGUCCCGCUGCAUAGUAAUGUGACCCUGCCUGGAUGCCUAAAACCUGUGAAAAACAGGG